AUGACGCAAACUUGGACCUUUCCGGGAGUUGCCGUCGUCACAGGAGCCGGUGGCACAGGCAUCGGUGCAGCCACAGCAAAAGCAUUUGCUUCGGCAGGAUGUGAAAGAAUCGCAAUCACGGAUCUUAAUUCUGCCUCUCUAGAUCAGACUCGGGAGGCCAUCCUCGCCUCUUACCCUCAGACGCGUCUUCUAGUCAAGGCGGGUGAUAUAUCCGAUGAGAGCUUUGUCGAGUCAUUCGUCAGUGAGGUGGUGGAUACAUUUGGACGGCUGGAUUAUGCGGUCAAUUGCGCCGGAAUCCUAGGAGACGCCAUGCGGACAACCGAGACAUCAACGGCGGUAUUUGACCAUAUCAACAACAUCAAUUACCGGGGUGCUUGGUUCUGCUCUAGAGCAGAGUUGAGACAAAUGGUAGCACAGGAUUCUUUACCGAGUCAUGAUCCGAAUCGCGUUCCUCAGCGAGGGGCUAUUGUGAACGUUGCAAGCCAGCUGGGAAUCGUAGGGCGCCCGAGUGCUCCUGCGUAUUGUAGCUCCAAGGCUGCUGUGAUUGCGAUGACUCGCUCUGAUGCAAUCGACUACUCUGCGGAGGGCAUCCGUGUAAAUUGUGUCUGUCCGGGUGUAAUUGAGACUCCAAUGACAACGUACAGUGAGGAAAUUCGCGAGCACUUUCAACCAGCAGUCGAGAUUGCCCCAAUGAAGAGGAUGGGGAAACCGGAAGAAGUGGCUGAUUCCAUACUCUUCUUGUGUUCGACUUUUGCCUCGUUUGUGCAAGGACAUGCGCUUGUUGUCGAUGGAGGGUAUAUAAUCAACUGA